AUGUGCAAUACAGGAGGCAGAAUAGAGAUUGAUCUGGGUAGCAUUGAGUACAUUCCUCCUGAAAAUAAAUAUGGUCCCGAUUUAGGAAAUAACUCCGAUCAGGAAUAUUGUUAUGACACUAGUGAAGAACAAAUAGCAGGAAUAUCCUCAAACGAGGAGGUUCCUGAUAGCUUUUUAGAUGUCUUUGAAGAGGAAGAAGCACAAAUCCUUGAUAGUCUAAUCGAAGUAUUUGCUCCAACUCCAAAAGAAAUCAAGGACCCUAUCACACAAGAAAAAGAAGAAGCUAUCUUACGACAAGGUUUGUCACCAAGAGGUAACAAAAACAAGAAAGGUAGAAAGAACAAAAAGGGAAACAACAAUAAUUUCCCAGAAAACCAGAACAAUCUGAGAAGACAACAUGUGACUUUGCAGGUUCACUUGCAGGGAAGCAUUGAUAAUUUCUGGAUAACACCUGUCUACGCCAGAUCUAAAGCAAACAAAAGGAAGUAUCUUUGGCAGAAGUUAAGAGAUUUGAAUUCCAUCAUCGAUGGCCCAUGGGCCAUCGGAGGGGAUUUUAACUCUAUAAUGGAAGCCGAGGAAAAGAAAAGGGGUGCUCCUUUUAGAUUAAAUACAUGUUUUGAUUUUAUAAACUGUAUGGAUGAUUGUGAAAUGACUGAUGCUAGUUUUGUAGUAUGGGAUACUGAAGUAUAUGGCAACCCUAUGUGGAGAUUACAACAAAAGCUGAAAACUUUGGCUAAGGAACUUAGUAAGUGGUCUAGAAACAGUAUUGGGGGUGUUUUUGAAAACGUCAAGAAAUUUGAGAAGGAAGUUUCAGACGCAGAAACUGCUUACUUAAAUUCUGAUUCUGAUACUGAUAGAAUGCUGCUUAAUAAGACUAAAGCUGAAUACAUCAAGUGGUUGAAAAUGGAAGAUUCUAUUUUAAGACAAAAAGCUAGAAUCAAAUGGGUAGAAGAAGAGGACUCCAAUACGAAGUACUUUCACAGUACCAUCAAGGCUAGGAGAAGAAGAGCCCAAAUCUAUAAAAUUAAAGAUCAAAAUGGUCAAUGGGUCGAAGGGAAUUUAAAUAUUUCCAAAGCUACCAUCGAUCAUUUCAGUGACUUAUUCAGUGAAAAACCAAGUGAUAUGAAUUUGGACUUUAUUAGAGGUUGCAACAAUCUGAUCAGUACUGAGGACAACGUCCUAUUAGCAAGAUAUCCCACAACAGAAGAGAUUAAGACGACAAUAGAUUCUAUGGACCCUAAUAGUUGUGCAGGACCUGAUGGAUUUAAUGUUUAUAGGUUGAUCUCUAACAACUGGUAUUCUGUUAUUAUUAAUGGUGUUAGAUAUGGGUUUUUUAAAUCUUCUAGAGGCUUAAAACAGGGAGACCCUCUAUCUCCUGCUCUUUUUAUUAUUGCAGCCGAGCCUCUUUCAAGAGAUUUGAAUCAUCUUAAUCAGAAUGAUAGGUUCAUUAAUUUCUCUAUGCAUAAAAAAGGGCCCCAGAUUAAUCACCUUAGUUAUGCUGAUGACCUUGUGCUUUUCACUUCUGCCGAUAAGUUUUCUAUUAAGAUCAUGAUGAAUUUGCUAAGGUUGUAUCAAAAGGCUUCUGGUCAAGAGAUUAAUAAAGAUAAGACUUUCUUUCUCACCCAUAGUAAGAUGGACAUGAUUUAUAACAGGAGGAUAAGAAGGUGGACUGGUUACAAACAGUCUUCCUUCCCUUUCACAUACUUAGGUUGUCCCAUAUCCUGUGGUAGGAAGAGAAUCUCUUAUUUUUCUGACAUUUCCAAAAAGAUCCUAAAUAAGAUUGCAGGUUGGCAAGGAAGAUUCUUAUCUCCAGGUGGUAAGGCUACCAUUAUUAAGCAUGUUCUUCAAUCUCAAGCACUUCAUAUAUUUGCUACCUUAAUGCCCCCUGUUACAUCUCUAUAUGAGAUUGAAAUGCAAUUUGCUAACUUCUUCUAG